CAUAUCCCAGACUGCUUUGCUGAUAAACCAGUACUUCCGGUGUAAACCGGAAGUGGAUGUUUUCUCCGAAGACGCUAUGAAGCGGAUCACUCGUCGGGUUUGCGAUGACGGCCCGGUUCCUGAGGAGCAGGAGACGGAGGGCCAGAGGCAGCUCCACAACAUGCUGCUCCGACAGCUAGAUACAGACGUCGACAUCGACCGUUGUGUAGCGAAGAAGAAAUGCUUCGCCCCGGCUGCGCUGUACAAGCCGUUUGGAGAACAGGCGGCAGGCGUGCGCAGUCUGGCCCAGUUCCAGGUGCUGCAGGAUGGAGAGAAGGAGCUCGCCAGUUUGAGAGAGCUGGGCCUCACUGAGGCUGAGAUCGAGCUCUGGAGGAACAGAGAUGUGCAAGACAGCAGCAGAAAGAAUCGUGGCGUGAGCGCAGCUCCCGAAGCACAGGACGAGCGCCUGCAGCUCAUUUGGGACAAGAUAGCGGCGAGGGCGGAGUUACUGUCACGUCCCCAGCGCUUCUCGGGCAGUCGAGCUCUCACACGGAGAGAGAUGGAGAUCGAGAAGGCUCUUUUUCACGGCAGUGACCGCUCCAGCUUCCUUACUGCCCUCUACCAUCAAGAGGGAGAUUCACAGACAGGCCAGCAGGGGGCGACCUUUUUAAACCAAAUGGAUUCAUUAUACAGAGACUUUCUCAAAGAUCAACAAAAAGAUUCUGAGAGCAUCACAGACUCUAAUCACAACCAGACACAGUGUCGAGACGCAGACUCUGAUCAGACGAAUGUUCUCACAAACUGUAGCAGCGAAUCGUCGAUAAGCAGCGAAUCCACGCCACCCGACGACACGAUCAGAGCCAAGGAUCAGAGCCAAGGACUGUCAUCUGUUCCAGAGAAACUGACAGUCGACCGGCCGAUCGGACGCCUGAGCUCUUGUUGCGUUCAGGGCCAGAGCGGUCCGGUGACGGUCAGCGGGAAAGUAGAGGAGAUUUCAGAUGAAGAGAUCAGGAACAACCGCGAGACGGAGGAUGGAAUAAGGAGAAUUUCACGCUUUCAGAACUAUCAGCGUGGAGAGACGUCGAAUGUGCUGUGCGUGAAGAACAUGAGUCCCCGGGCGUCUGUGGCCCAACUCGUAGCUCUGUUCUCCCGCUUUCAGAAGGACGACGCAAAUCCGAUUGUGUAUCGUGUCCUGACGGGGAGGCUGAAGGGCCAAGCCUUCAUCACGUUCUCUGAUCUAGAGAGUGCAAAAUCAGCACUGGACACGGUGAACGGCUACAGGCUGCAGGACAAGCCUCUGGUCAUCGAGUUCGCCCGAGAGAGGAGACACGCAAAAACUGAGGACUCAUCAGCAAUUCACAACAGCACAACCACAGAGCAAAAUGACCUGAAAAACUGCUGAUCGCAGUGUAAUUAUGAAGCAAUUUUAACAGGAUUUAUAUAACAAAUAAACACGACAUGGUGUUUAAUCAA